AUGAUGAUCUACUUAUUCUUACUCGGAUUGAUCUUGCCAGUCCAGUCUUACAUACCAGCAUUGCCCUCGAACCAAUCAUCGAACACUCCGGCUCAGAACGAUAAGAAUUGGAUAAUCCAACUCAACUGGCAUCCGAUCGGAAUCUUCAGCGAUGGAAUUAAUCAUCAACUCAGAUCUGAAAGCUCGAAUCAUUCAAUCUAUCAAGGGGUCUUGUUACAUUUCUCCGAAUUCAAUGCAACCAAUCAACCACCCGCCAUUGUGCCCUGGAUUGCAAUGAUCAACUGCGAUUCCAAUUCGACCGUCUUUUCAAUUCAAGAUGACAUCUUCACAUUGGCUCGUGACCGGGGAGCCGCUGCUGCGAUGCUCUACAGUUUGACUUCACACUCUUGUGAGGUCAAUCCAGAGUAUCUGCAAAAUUUCGAGAAGCCAUUGGAUGUAUUCAGUGCUGCCAAUCUCCAAGGUGCAAGAUUAAUCGAAUCUCAAUUCAGCAAUGUCCUCGGCGCCGGUUAUUGGUUUCAAUCCGGCUUACUCAAUUCUUCGGCCCCCACGAUCCUGGAACAAAUCAAGUCGCUCGGUUUGUCGAACCUUACUGAUUCCCCUCCGCCCCAACCAGCCCUGCCUACAAAUUCUUCGGUCCAAACCGGUUCAAACAAUCAGUCCAAUCAAAGCUCAUUGUCCGAAUCAUCAGCUGAGCUGCCUCUUGAAAGACGUUCUAAUCCACUCGAUGAACAUUCUGCCGAACCUUCUCACAAGCUAAUCGCCCGCUCCUCCCACCCUCACAAUCACUCUCCCCCCCUCAAGUUGAACAUGAACAUCUCCCGACACUCAACCGGGUUGGGCAUGAAUGCACCACCAGUCUACCUCAUUGCUACCCUGGCCAAUGCCGAAAUCACCGGUAGCUUGGAUCAGCAGAAACAAGAUAGAAAUCAGAAUACCAACUCCCCAAACACUCCCGGCAACAACAACAAUCCCAACACAGGCCUAGCUAUGAUCAUUUUAUAUGCUAUCACCGGAUGUGUGUCUUUUAUGUUCUUGAUCGUCAUCAUUUCUGGAGCGAUACGUGCCAUUCGAAACCCCGACCGGUAUGGGCCUCGGCCAGGUGGUCGGGUUGAUCCUCAGACCGGUGAAGAGGACCCCUACGCUCAACCUCGUCAGACUCGUGCUGCUGGACUUGGGAAGGCUAUUCUCGAUACAUUCCCAAUCGUGAAAUUUGGGCGGCAGCGGGACGAUCCUAAGUUUGAUUCCGAAGGGAAUAACAAUGUCUCAGGAGAUCCGAAAGCAAUAGUAAACCCCGCCAGCCCGGGCGAAGAAAGGAUCAUGAUGAGUGAACGCAGUACGGUUCAGCCUUCGUCCGGCUCGGCACUCAAGGAUGAAGAAGGUGAAAUCGACGAGGAAACGUGGCAGAUUCCUGCAUCACAGGUGCCUCUUAUGUCUCGGUCCCGCCUGUCGAUAGAUAACAUAUCACCCGUAGAUCAACAGAAGGGCAAGGACAGUCUCAACUCGGACCCACCAUUAGCUAAUAAUGAAAUGCCAACUGCUCAUGAAGAUUUGACCCAAAUCGAUAUGCACAAAGCUAAUGAGCCAACUGGAGACUUGCUGAAAGCGACCAACGAUCAUGCUGAAGUGGGAAGUGAACUUGUGGAUGUCAACAAUUCAAUAACUUGUCCAAUUUGUGUUUGUGACUUUGAAGAUGAUGAUGACAUUCGGAUGUUACCUUGUGAUGCACGUCAUCAAUUUCACAAGGAAUGUGUUGAUCCAUGGCUGUUGAAUGAAUCGAAGUUUUGCCCGCUAUGUCGCUGGGAUCUGAGUACCCGAAAAGAUGGCUCGAAAAUUGUUACCCAAGUAGUUGAAUCGGAGAGCGAUGAAACUUGCGCACCUCAACCUACCCCAGUGUCUGGCCAACCAGAGGACGAUCCAUCGGUCCUUCAAACUUCGCAGUUUGCAAGUAGUUCAAGGAGCAGUCCGGGCGAUAUCAACAACCCUUCGCGCUCAUCGAGGACUUUCCCUCCCUGGUUAUCGUUUGGCAGUGGAGCAUCACCCUCAGACGGAGAACGAUCACAUCCCGCAGGAUCUGCGCGACAACGGCUUCAGAACAGAACAAGCAAUUUAUUCUCGAUUGUUCCACACGCCCGUAAACGAAGACAUGGGUCUAGACAGGGAGAUCACGCGACCCCCGAACAGACUGGUCAUCCAUCCGGCGAACCUUCUUCUUCCAGCUCCCCAGCUAUUCAAGACCGUCAUCCUAAUCAGGAUCACAUCCAUGCUCCUACCGAUCUUGCUGAUGAAUCGGCCAGCAAGGGUCGAUUUCAUAAAUAUCUGGCUAACAUUCGUCGCAAAAAGUUGCUCCCUUCGUCAUCAUCCUCUUAA